GAAAUAGGUGAGUUUGUAUUCAUUUAAUCGAUGACGAUGACAACGACGAUACAACGACGACGAAAAAUAUAAGAGAAGUAGGAGAUGCCAGAGAGCGUACAGUCGAAGAGGAGAAACACUACUGGGAGUGCGCUCGAUCGUUCACCGAGCUUGAGCUCCCCGUUCAUGUUAGAAGGAAACGAGAAGGAAGCGAGACGACAGGUGACUGGUGGAAGAGCGCGCCAUGCGCGUCGCCCUCGGCCAUGCUCGGCAAUGCUCGGCCAGCUUCGUGCGACUCCGUCGUUCGCUGGUGGGGCGAGCAGUGUAUCCGUGACGUCACAUAAUUAGAGUAAAUACAAAGUAGUCUUGAUGGGACAGCGGCGUGCGCCGCACCGUGAGUCGCUGGUCCGCGCGCGUCAAACCUAUAUCGUCUCGAUACACGCACACCCGUGGCUUGUCUAUAUAUAUAUAUAUUUAUAUAUAUAUAUACAUAUAUAUAUACAUACAUAUAUAUAUAUACAUACAUAUAUAUAUCGCGCUAUGUGUCGACAGUGUGUGUUUGUUCUAAAGGAUCCUAAAUGACUGUGAGAACAGUGAGUGACGUACGCGAAGCUAAGAAAUGGAUAAGAUAGAGUUGUUGGGCGGUGCUUGCUUCAGCCAUGGCCCUUACACGUUCUACAAAGCCGUUAGGAUAGGAAAUGGACGAGUCCUUCGACUCGGCAAUUUCUUCCUGACGAAACUUUGGAGCGACGCCGACCUCGUAAGCAUCGGUGAGCUUCAGUUACUUUGGAUGGACAGCCGUGGACCGAAUCAACCGUUGGCAUCGUUACGACUCUAUUUCCUUCCGGAGAACACCCCGGAUGGUCGUAGGGAUACGCAUGGAGAGGUACGGCAUAAGAACUUGUUCAGGUUUUAUAAUUUCUUCGAUUUGGAAAAACGAUUAAACGUUAAUACCUUGACGAUUUCUAACACGCGAUCGCAAUUCGACGAGGUGUUGACGAUAUCUGAAAAAGUUGUUGUCCGUGUUCACGACUUGGUUACCUGGUUAUCACCUACGUUGGAAUGGUCGUGGGGUCGUGAAAUUUUUUACCCGAGUUCACCAACACCAACAUCCUCUCCUGAGAGCAGUCCACCGAGAUACGAAAUUCCUCAACCUCAGGUGUUGACCGAUCCUGGAAUCGAUUUUUCUGACGUUGACAAACAACAAAAGGAAUACGAGAGCAAUAUAAGUUCUUCGAAAAAAUCCGAUUGUGACGGUCAAACCAAAGUGGUUGUACUUUCGUAUCCGAGGUAUUGUAGAUAUCGAGCACUUUUACGAAGAUUGGAAGGUGCAGAACCUUCCUGGCUUUGUUCUUCGGUAGCUGCUGCACUCGGUGGAUUCACUGCUACACCUGGAACGCGUGUACUCUUCUGCAGAGAUACCUUUGAUUAUCCCGACUUGGAGACUCAUGAACUACUCUGCAACCAUUUAGCGCCUAAAUUGAAAGGACGGCCACGAAGGAAACGUAAAAAGCGAAGUGCUUCACCUGGUGAAUCCAGUAACGAGAGUGAAGCUUCGGUUGCUUCUUCGUCAAAAUGUGCGUUGAGCAAUUCGAGUCAACAAUUGAUACCAGCUCCUGUUGGAAGGCCACCAUCGGCGGGUGUACGUCGAAGCGAACGCAAAACAAGUGCCGAAGAAAAAAAGUUUAUGGUCGAUGUACAGAAUUUCAUGAAUUCACGAGGCACACCAGUUGGAAAGAUGCCAUUGUUGGGAUACAGGCAAAUCGAUCUGUUCCUGUUUUACACGAAGGUACAGACACUCGGUGGAUACGAUUCCGUUAGCGCUGGACGUCUCUGGAAAACCAUUUACGAUGAUAUCGGUGGAAAUACAGGAUCCACCAGUGCUGCUACUAUAACUCGUAGACAUUACGAAAGGUUGCUUUUGCCUUAUGAAAGGUAUCAAAGAGGUGAGGAACCCAAAGUGAGAUUAACACACGGUAGACGUACGAAAACGAGUAGUAUAUCUGAAAGUCCGGUGGAUGGGGAUCAAGAGACCAGCGACUCGCGUUCAUCGGAGACACCACCGUUAGUUGAAACACCGCCUGUAAACACUACUCCACCUUUGCAAGCAGUUUUAUCGAGCUCGUCAUUCCCAUCGAACGAGAAACCGAAAUCAGAAGUCGGAAAGACAUCCUCUUUGCGUAGCGUGAGAGUUAAACCGGAACGUUUGAAAUCAUUGAAUACAAUAAUCGCCAACAAUACAGCACCAACCAGCCAGCAAACCAAUCAACUGCCAAGUCCUCCUCCGUCAUCGAACACGCCAAUUUCGACUCCGAGUAGUACACCUUCCACGACGCCUACGAUCGUAACCGGGAAUCAAAGUGUUCUCGAAAGGCAAUUAAACAGUCCUCUCGUGUCCCAACAAGUACCACCGUCUUGUUCGUCUCCAGGAUUACCAGUGAGCACAGUAGCCAUGAACGCAUCGACGGUAGUAACGUUGACGCCGCCACCUGAAAAAGAUAUGAAAGAGAUUAAAUUAGAUCCUAAGCAAACGACUCUGCUGGCACAGGGUAAGGAGAACAUACCAUUGUUCGGUGAGAAGCCAAUCUUCACGGAGAAGGCGAUAGUACCGCCGAGAUCACCCGAGGUGAUCGAUCUCGAAAAUGAAAGUGAUACGAGUAGGGAUAAGAUAAUAAUACCAAGUUUUAAGAAACGAAAAUUAGAAAUAUUGCGAGAGGGCGGUCUCGAAGUUACAGCCGUUGAUCUUGAUGCAAGACCGAGCGUGAUUCAGAGCAACGUAGCGCCUACUCAGCCUACGGCGAAACCCGACGAUAAGUUACCGUCGUCUUAUCCGCUUUCCGUUACUCCGAAUUCGGUACCAAAACUUAUAUCCGUUACCGUGACACCCGACAUAGGACAUAUGUUGCCAUCACCUCAGGAGAAUCAGACCAAUCAUCAACAGCCUCGGUUUCAGUCCCAAGGAAAACAACAUCCCGUCCAUUACAAUAACAAUAAUACUACUACGACGAACAACAAUAAUACGACGAACAGUAAAGUUAUUAAUCUUGGUAGUUCGAACAAUGCUGGAUUGUUGCAGUUAUACGCGAAUGCGAACAUGAUACCAGCGUCGGCAACCCAGAUGGUUAAUUCCAAUCAUCGUUUUCUACCACCGAACGUUCCUAACGGGAGAAUAAUAUUACCACCGAAGGUUACGCAGUCGAGGUCAAUUUUCGCGCACAACGAAAAAACUGUAUACGGAAAUCCAAAAGACAUUCUAAUUUCUCCAAAGUAUCGUCCUACGCAGCAGCGGAUACAGCCACAGCCGAUGAUCGGUAACAGUGACUUCAGUGGAAACGUUGGGGUUCUCGAUCUAACGCAAAAGCCAACCGAAAAGGCAACUUUCUCAAGACCGAGUCUAGAGAUAGUUAGGGUACCUGUAGUGCCGAGGCCUAAUCCGCUCAAUUUAGAAAUGAGGAAAUCGCCGACGAUUAAAGAUAAGCCAACCGAUUGUACGACGAAACGAGCGUCUUUUCCCGGUUAUCAGACUGUUCUCGAUAGUCGGACUAUGGCAUCGAAUAAUUUAGAAAUCACAUUAGUCAAUCCUAAACUAAAAACUAAUAAUCAUAGCAGUGUACCGUCGUCUCACGUGCAAAUACCGAGCCCACCUAACAGAACUAGUAAUCAUCCUUCGGUAACACAAAGGAGACAAAUUAACGGGAAAUAUGCGGGAAGAAACGAACCAGUGUCGCCGUAUACACCAAGGAAACCCACGCAUCCCGUAAUACCCAAUGUACCUAAUCUAAAUCAUCUGAAUAGUGUGAAUUCUUCUUAUCCUAGGAUGACUAACAACGUUCAACAACAAAUAGGUAUAGAUAGAAGGAAAACAUGCGAGGCUGGCAAGGAUCAGCAACGUAGAAUUAGCGACGGUGAUAAACCUGUAGUGUUGCAAUCACAACAGCAGGACGUAAGACAGACCACAGAGAUUGGACGGCGUCACAGUGUACCAAGUAUACCCUCCGGUUUUAUACCCACUGUGCCACCAAGCAAUCCAGCUUUUCUUUCGCAACUGCCAAACACUCCAGGCAAGUUCCUACCAAUGUUGGACCCCAUGUACUACUCUGCCAUUUACAAUGGCUUGUUUCCACCUCCGAUACCGCCUGCAGCUGCAACGUCCUUUCUACCACCGGAGUUCAGCGCUUACUACAAGGAACUGUUAGCUUCCUCGCAACCAAGACUGGGGAUGGCAGGUCAGCAUCAACCUGCUGUACCGACAUCCAAAUAGACAAUGGGAUCUCGUCCAGCAUAUCUGGUCUAAUUAAAAAAAUGGGAUGGUGGCUUAAUUUUUAAAGACAUGAUCCGUCGGACUUCCUUGUUGUAAAUAAGUGUUGAAAGUAUUCAUGGAAUACCGAGAACAGAAUUAGUGCGAAGAUAGAAAUGCGGCAUAGUAUAAUAAUUGUGUCAUUUUUACCACCCGUACGUCACGUUACUUCUUUCAUUAUGAUAACGAAACGAAAAAUAGGACUGUUCGAACCGAUACGUACCGAUCGAAGAACUUUUUCAGAAAAAAGAUGAACAUUUUUUUCGAAUUUUCUUAUACCAGCGAAAUGUGUUCUUUCUUUUUUUUUUUUUUUCUUUUUUUUUGUUCUCUUUUUCUUCUCCUUCCUCUUCUUUUUUCUUUUUUUCAGUAAAGUUCUACAGAUCGUUCUAUCUUUUUAUUCCACUUUAAUUAACUUCUUUUUUUUUUCUAUAGAAAAGCAUUGAUUAUAUAGAAAUAUAUAUAUAUAUAUAUAUAUAUAUAUAUAUAUAUAUAUAUAUACAUACACGAUAGAGAUUAUUUCGUUUGAACUGCGUACUAAUAUUCUGUGAUAAUAAGAUGAAGAUGAAAAGAGAGAGAGAGAGAGAGAGAGAGAGUGGGAGAGAGAGAGGGAGAGAGAGAGAGAGAGAGAGAGAGUGGUACAACGUCCCACGAAGCAAAGUACUUUUUAUAUAUGUAUAUUGCCAGUAACCGUAUAUGUAAACGUGUCUACGGUCAAUGUGAAAAAUUAUUAAUAAGAAUAAGUAUUUUUUUAAUUUGUUGAACCCGAUUAUAUACAAAUCUUUAUGGAAAUACGUUUUCGUUCUAGUGGGGAAAAUGAUUAGGGAAGGGGUAGUAGGAAUAGAAGGAGGAAGAAGAAGAAAAAGAAGAAGACGAAGAAGGAGGGGGUUGGUGCCACUCUAAGAAAUAUUAAUUAUAGACGCAGGUAUUGAUUUUUGUAAAAAUUUAUACGAUAAGAUUUACGUUUGAUCAUUUCUUUCUAUUUCGUUGUUCCCUUUUCUUUUCUCUCUCUUUUUUUUUUUUUCUUUUUCUUCUUUUUCUUUUUUUUUUUUUGACGUAUAUGUUUGUGCUGCGGUGUGGUAAAAAAGAAAAAAAGAAAAAAGAAAAGAAGAAAGAAUGAAAGAGAGAAAGAAAAAAAGAAAGAAAGAAAGAAAGAAAGAAAGAAUGAAGAAAAAUUAUGCUGCGAAAUUUGAUUUUGAGGUGGAGACAAAUGCGAAUAAAACAUGUAUGUAUACGGAGAGAGAGGGAGAGAGAGAGAGAGAGAGAGAGAGAGAGAGGAAGAAAGAGAGAAAACCAUUCGAUCGAUGAUCGAAAAGUCGAAUUCGUGUAAUCAUUAAACUAAUGUAGAGAUAAAAACUCUUCUCGUGUAGUACUCGCGCGAAAAAAGAAGAGAAAUAUAAAAAAAAAAAUAAUAAUAAUAAUAAUAAAUCAUAAUGAAUAAUAAUAAAUAAUAAAUAAAUAAAUAAAUAAAUAAAUAAAUAAAUAAAUGAUGGAAUGAAUGAAUGAAUGAAUGAAUAAAUAAAUAAUAAUAGUAAUAAUAGUAAUAAUAAAAAGAAAGAAAGAAAAAAAAAUGCAAAACCUUAUUCUACUGUAAUAAGUUAUAGAGAACAUUUUUCCUGGUUUAAACUGAAAGAAAGAUAAAAAAAAAAAAAAUGAAGAAAAAAAAAGGUAAAAAAACAAAACUGCUACACGUUCACAAUUACGACAUACUGAUUCUAUUAGUCAGCUGUAAGUAAUUAAAAUAAGAUAAGGAAAAUGAUAAGUGCACGUUUAUGCGAAGUACCGUUCCAAUGGACGAGAGAAAUCUAUGUAAAUAGUGUAUAUAUAUAUAAACAAAACAAAAAAAAAAAGAUAUACAGCGUAAAGUUUAAGGCUAGAUAAAUCAUUUAUUAACUUUCAACGUUAAGAGUGUUUAACGCGAGGUGAACUCUUUAAAAUAAGAUGUGUACAGGCUGUCUUUAUUCGUGUGGCCAACGAUCGUCGUCGCAUCGCUAUUAUUCCCAAUUAACGUAAGACGAAACGAUAUUUUGUGGAUGAUAAUACUUUUUCGUCAGCCCUCCCUUCUCCCUCUCCUGGCCCAUUCUCUUCUUUCACAUCAUAAAUAGAUGAUAAUCCGUACUAAUUUUUUUUUUUAUUUAUAUAUAUAUAUAUAUGUAUUUUUUUUUUUUACAUUAUUACCUUUUUUUCUUUUCUUUUUUAAACGUCACUCCUUUCGUCUUUGUUUCUUUUUUUUUCCCUUCCCAUCCCUCCCACCCUCACCCUCUUCUAGAUUCCAUUCGAUCAUCAAGCGACAAACGAUAUUAGAGAAUUUAAAUUACGAAGCGAAUGUCAUUUUAUUUUAUUUUCGAAUAAUUAUCUGAUGUUACAUAUAUAUAUACAUGAUCGAUUUGAUCGAUUGUUAUAUCCGAUCGUAGCCGUACGCGUUUCGCCGGCCACAAAAUAUAUCGGAUAUAAAGCAAAUGAGAGAAAAAACAAAAAAACAAAUAAUAAAUUCAUGGUAUAUCCGUGUUAUACGGUAGAUAUUAUAUUAUUAGAGUAUGCUCGUUUAGGAUAUUCUGAUAACGAAAAAAAAAAAUUAUAUAUAUAUAUAUAUAUACUAUAAAUAAUAAUGCGAAAUAACGUUAUGAUGAAGCAUUCGUAACCCUAAGGCAUAUGAUGAGAGAGAGAGAGAGAGAGAGAGAGAAAGAGAGAGAGAGAGAGAGAGAGAGAGAGAGAGAGAGAGAGUACGGUCUAAAUUGGACCAGUUCUAGCGAAAUUCAGAUUUCUAUAUCGAUCGACGUCUUUCAAAAAAUAACUUCGUACGACGCGAGUUCGACUCGUUCUUCUUUUCUUUUUUUUCUUUUUCUUUUUCUUUUCUCUUUUCUCUUUUCUUCCCCCCGUCUUACAGCUCUACCAUCCUUUUUUCUUUCUUUUUUUUUUUUUUCUUUUUUCUUUACUCGUUCCUUAAUCGCUCGCCAUUUUUGUCGCCAAAUCUAUUAAAAGUUUUGUAAUCUUUGAUAAUAAUUUUUUGAUUAAUUGAAUUAAUUUUUUGAAACGUAUAUAUAUAUAUAAUAUAUAUAUAUAUAUAUAUAUAUAUAUAUAUAUAUAUACACACGAAUUUUUCUUUUUUUUUCUUUAUUUAUUUAUUCUUCUUUUUUUUCUUGUUUAUAUCGUUAUCUUUAUUUUUUUUUUACUUUUCUCCAUUUCUCAUUCAAAAAAAAAAAAAAAAAGAAAAAGAAAAAGAAAAAAGAAGGAGAAGAUUAAUUGAGCGUGUAGAAAAACGAGUUCAUGCGAGCGUCCCAAUUUGUUUUGCGUUUAAAUAAGGACUUUCAGCGAUACCCGUUAUGUCUGUGCGUGUUAUUUACUGUAAUGAAUUUUCGUAUGAAUCGAAAAGGGAAGAGAGGUAAAGAUAAAGAAGAAAAAAGAAAAAAAAAAAAAAGAAGAAAACAUCGAUCGUCAUUAUUUUUCUAUAUUAACAUGUUCUUCUUCAAAUGGUGCUAUAUAUGAUAAAUAAUCAAAGAUUUUUUUGUUUUUUAUUUCUAUAUUUUCGUUAAUUACUUUCGGGUAUCGUUGAACGGACUUGAUUGUUUUCGAAAAAAAUAUAAUAUCUGGAUUGAUUAAAAAUUGCUGUAGGAGAAAAAAAAAAAAGAAAAAAGAAAGAAGAGAAAAGAAAAAGAAACAAACAAAAAAGAAAGAAGAAAGAGUGAAAGAAAGAAAGGUAUAAUAAAAAAAAAAAAAAAAAAAACAAAACAAGAAAAAAGAAUGGACUCUUCUGACUUUGAGAAUAAACAAAAAAUAAAUGAGAGAAGACCGAUACUUUUUAAAUAUCUAGUAUGAUACCGCAGGGUUCUCUUAUCAUGAUUAAAAUAAAGCAAAAAAAAAAAGGGGAAAAAAAAGAAGAAGUUAAAGAAAUGCCUAAAAUCGAUCUUUUUUUGUUUUCUGUAUCUAAAAAAAAUGGAAAAAAAAAAAGGAUAACAAACAAACAAGCAAACAAACAAACAAACAAACAAAUAAAUAAACAAAUAAACGAAGAAGGGCUUGUAUGAAAACACGUGCCAUAAAAGUGUUUAGAUAAAUGACUUCGAAAUCACGCGAUAACGAUGGUCGUUUGUAUUUGUCUUCGACGAGUCCCUCGAAUAAAUGGUCAGAGGAGAGAAAUAAUAAGUUAAACUGUAAAACAUUGAAAAAUUCCAUGCGAUGAGAUUUUACGUAAAUGAUAGGAACUAAAAAAAAAAAAAUAGAGAAAAAAAAGCAGAAACGUAACGGAAGCAAAAGAGAACGAAAGAAAGAAAAAAGAAAGAAAAAAAGGAAGGAAGAAAGAAAGAAAGAAAGAAAGAAAGAAAGAAA